CCAGCUGAGCAAAGCCCAGCCAUCAGGGAGCAAGACGUGGAAUACCCAAGGUUCUGGUGAUGCAGGGACUGCCUCUCCUGUGCCUGAUGCUGCUCCUGCUCUGCAGAGACACGGGUGUGAGUGCCCAGGCCUUCAGUCUGCACCAGCCCCAGGACAAGGUGCCGGUGGCAGCGGGGGAGACGCUCACCCUGAACUGCACUGUGUCUUCAAUGCCUGUAGUUGGUUCUGUGAGGUGGCUGAAGGGCUGGGGCAGUGAGAACAAGACCAUCUAUGACCAGAGAGUACCCUCAUUCUUUCCCCGUGUGACGAGAGCAGUGGAUGGGUCCGACACAGACUUCACCAUCCACAUCAGGAACGUUCAGCCUGAGGACAUGGGCACCUACUACUGUGUGAAGUACACCAAGGAGGACAGUGGUGAGGAGGUGGUGUUUCGGCGUGGCAAUGGCACAGAGGUGUCUGUGCAAGGUCAGAACUUUGUGUCCAGCCUCCUCCUCCUGUGCCUUGGUAUCCUGCUGGAGAAGGCGCUCCUCGCUGGGCUCCUCCUCUUCCUCUUCAAGCGCAUGAAGAGCAAAACACUGGAGAUGUUGCCUAAUCCUGCUCCACUUUAGUCCCUGGUUGCUCAAGCCAGGUCUCAGGACAUGGCCACAGCCAGCAGUGACUUGUGAACUUGGAAAUAAACAAACCACGA